UUAAAAUUCCAUUCUCUGAAACCCAAAUCUUCAUCCUCCAAACCCUCGUAUCCAUCCGCUCUCUCGCUCAAGAAAAAUUUCAAUCAAUCCCCCCUCUUGAAAUCCUUCAUCUCCUCUAUUAACUCUCUGGAAUUCGGAUUCUGAAUCGAGGAUAUGGCUCAGAAAACGGAGAAGGAAGAGACUGAGUUCAAAGUUCCAGAAACCCUCGCCCUAUGCGUUAACAACUGUGGAUUUACAGGCAAUCCGGCCACAAACAACAUGUGUCAGAAGUGCUUCAGCGCCUCCGCUUCGGCGGCGGCCGCGGCAGCUGCCGGAGCCUUGAAGAGUAGCCACAAGGUGUCCGGCGGAGGCGCAGACGCGAGAUCCAGCUCCGCGAGGUCCCCCGAGCGAAUGGACUCGCCGGCGGAGACCAGCCUGGAUCGGACGAAGGACGCUGCCUCAGCUGCGGCGGUUGAGGAGGUCGGGAAGGUGAAGCGGGAGGUGAAUCGGUGCUCUGGAUGCAGGAGGAAGGUCGGGCUCACCGGAUUCCGGUGCCGGUGCGGGGACCUGUUCUGCGCUGAGCAUCGGUACACGGAUCGGCACGAGUGCAGCUACGAUUACAAGACCGCCGGUCGCGAGGCUAUCGCGCGGGAAAAUCCGGUAGUGAAAGCUGCGAAGAUCGUGAGAGUCUGAAUAUAAUAGGGCAAAAAAAAAAAAUCAAUCCAAAAUUGUAAAAUUUAGAGAUCGAGGCUCUCGAUCUCGAUCUCUUCAUCUCUCAGAGAUUGUGCUCUCUAGAUCGACCUUGCGAGAGAGCGCGUUAGAGAGAUUUGUCGAAUCAUUUGCAGAUAUUAAGAUGAAAAAAGUCUCUCUGGUUUGUUCUUGUUGGAUCAAUCUGUUAUUCUCUUUUUUCCUUUUGUUGAAUGAAUGAGGAUUGGAUUGUGGCUUGCGAUAUUCA